CCCCAGUGGCUUUUAAGAUCUGGUUCUGAACUUCAAUCACCUUCAAGUUGUUGUGUUGUUAGUUGAAGAUGAAGUUCUUCAGCUGGAUGCAGACUAAACUAAACGGCAAACAGGAGAAGAAAAUCCCACAUACAUUCUCUACUUCUCAGCAUAAUAAACAAGAGUCUCGUGAAGAGUUCAGCGAUUGGCCUCAUGGAUUGCUAGCAAUUGGAACUUUUGGCAACAAUGAGAUUAAAGAUGAACAAGACAUACAAGAGGAGGAGGAUCCAUCUUCUUCAGAAGAGAUAGUUGAUAUCUCUCCUGAAGAAGUUGGUAAAUUACAGAAAGAGUUAACGAAGCUUUUAUCUCGAAAACCGAACGCCGAAAAGCAGGUUGCAGAUCUUCCAUUGGAUAGAUUUCUCAACUGUCCUUCAAGCUUGGAGGUUGACAGAAGAAUCAGCAAUCCACUUUGCAGUGAUUCAGAUGAUAAAGAUGAAGAUAUUGAAAGAACCAUUGGUCUUAUCAUUGGGAAAUGCAAAGACAUUUGGGCUGAUGGUAAAAAGAAAGCAAUUGGGAAGAAAUCUAUCUCUUUUCUGCUCAAAAAGUUGUUUGUUUGUAGUAAUGGCUUCACUCCUUUACCACCACCAAGUUUGAGAGAAACUCUUCAAGAGUCUAGAAUGGAAAAGCUUUUAAGAACAAUUCUCUUAAAAAAAAUCUCCCCACAACACGCCUCUCGAUCUUCAUCGUUGAAGAGGUACAUAGAGGAAAAACCGUCACCAAGAAACGAUGGAGAAGAACAGAAAAAAGAUGCCAAAGAUGGAUCCAAAUGGGACAAGACUGAUUCUGAGUAUAUCGUUCUCGAGAUAUAAUCCCGUCUCCUUUCCUAAUCAAUCUUCCAUCUAACUGAUUUGAAGAAGAUAUUCAAUCUCCACCCUUUGUCUCGGAUCGAACAGUGGAGAUGUUGUUCAUCACAUUGAAACAUCUUAUUGACAGUGCUUACAUUUUUUUCAUGGUUGUAUGUUACAGAAACAGAGCAACUCAUGUUUUGAAACAUCGUCAAAAAAGUGUUCAUGUGAUGAACAGAGGGUUGCAUUUUUUUCACUUUAAUUUGCUGCAUAAUUCUUCUUCGAUGUUGUUGGGGGCUCCCUUUGUAACAUAUUUGAGGCAAAUAACAUUUUGUAUUGUAAUAAAGUUUCCAAGACAAUGUU